GAAGGCACCAUAUCGAACUCUCUGAAUUUUUUCAUCUUUAUCGAAGUCUUUACUCGUGUUAUCACUUGAUCCGUGCAGCUGGCUCUCUGACGUGUGUCAGCCAAUUUUGAAAUAUAUCCAAAGCCAUGGGAUUUAACUGGAGGGCAAUAUUGUGUCUUCUUCUCUAUGUAACACUGACAGUUUACGUCCGGUCCGAACAAUUCUAUGCCCUGGACAAUCCCUGUCUGCAGAAAUUCCGCCUCUGUUCCACGUCCUGCAGGGUUUCCUACAUGACCGGAAGUCUAAACUGUCAGUUCUGUGUCUGUGACGAUCCGAGAUUCUCCAUUGCGUGGCCAGACUCCACCACCCCCAUGCCAACCACGACCUCCACCCCACGACCGACGCUCCCUGAGGGUCAGUGGGUGGCCAAUAACCUGACCUACAUCAGGAUAAAACACCCGUGUUCGGAAUUCUACGCGGCCUGUCCACUGGUGUGUGAAAGGAAAAACGUAACGGACAGUAACGGCACCACGUGCGAGAAAUGUAACUGCGCUGGGUUUUUACCAAUUACAGGUGUUUUCGGAAAACGGGAAAAUGCAGAUAGUCAUUUUUCAGACAAGAGCUUGUCAAUGAGACAGAAACGGCGACAGGGGAAUGGUCGCGGGCUGGGACCCUGCUUUCACUUUGGCUGUCCAAUCUUGCGGUGUCCAGAGGGUACUACUUUCGCUUUAUCCCCCGAGGGGUGUGCGGACUGCAGGUGCAUACCAAUCGCUACUUCACCACCAAUCACGACGGCGCAUGCGUCAACAUCAGCCAGCAUAAACUCCCAUUUCAUCCAGAUGUACUGCCGGAAGGAACCCUCAGACUGCCCACCAGGUUGCGCUGUAGUCGAUUUCAGAGUCAGUGAUUGGCACUGUUACCACUGUCAUUGUCCAGACAAUAACUACCUGGCAUUGCAGAAACCAUGUGACCGACAGAACUAUUUGUGUUCAAGUAGCUGCACGAUUCGAAAUCUCAUGGACUCCAAAAACCACACGUUGUCUUGCGAGUUUUGUGAUUGUACAUUUCAAGCUAGCGAUGCCAACGAACUACGAAAGUUUAAAAGAAAUGCAUUUUGUCCACCACAUUGUCGAGGAGUCUGCAGUUCCCCAUCGACGCUCUUUGGAAGAAGAAGACGACAAGCUAUGGGCUGUCCAAGAGAAUGCUGCCGGGACAAUGAUAUUCCUCCGCCAACUGAAAGUAUACACACCACAGCUAAGGUUACUCCAACAAGUGUGGAUUUACCGCCACUUCAUCAAAGAAACUGUUUCGUUGACCAAUCCUUAUUCGUGGAUAAAAAUUGCUUGAAGAUAUUUAAAAUGGUGAUAUCAGAUGAAACUUGUCAUGUAUGCUUGUACAGAAUUGGUGGACAACUGGCGUAUCUGGAGCACCACGACGACAAGUGUUUCCCUGAGGAAUACCGGGACGUUCUGAGACACGUCUGUGCACAUGUUUCCGAGGUGCAUAGUCCUAGUGGUGUGUGUCUACUGUGUCACUACCAAACUGCAACCGGAAGAGUCUUGUUACCAAAGUUCAAACUACCACAAAUACUACAGCAAAACAGCAUAUCGAUUCAACACGUGUCUACACAAGGCACACCCCCUCCCACACACUGGACUACAACAGUGGCGCCCCCUGUAGUAACGUCGAAACCAAAACAGAAAACAACCCUUGAAACAACAACAAAGUUAUUCAUACCUCAGUCAACCCUCACUACAACCACUCAGAAACCAACGACAUCAACGACUACCACAUCAACCAUCACUACAACCACUCAGAAACCAACGACAUCAACGACCACCACAUCAACCGCAAAACCCACAACUGCCACAACGAUAGAGAGUACAACAGCACCUCCGCCUAUGUGUCACACGUGUAGUAACGUCACGUGCACUGGGGCGGAUUUACAGGAGUGUAAUACUGGCUCAGAGUAUUGCAUGAACACAAUGACACAGACAAGAGAUGGUAGCAGGACUAUAUCUCGCAGAUGUGUUUCGGAAAAUGAGUGUUACAACAAAUGGUGGAUUGUGUCCGCUGAUAAUCCCUCCUGUCUAUCAAAAACAAACACGCCCACUGGCAAACUGGAUAAUCCAAUCGAAUGCAACUUUUGUUGUAAGGGGGCGGGCUGCAAUAAGUUGAUGAGAAUUCCAGACAAUCUUCUAUACAAUGGUGAAGACCAUCCAUCCAAUGGAAUGGGAGGAAUUAUUCAAAUUGGUUGAUCACGUGAUUGACAAUGUUUGAGAUAUUUAUGUUUAAGAUAGUAUACAUAUGAAUGAUAAGUGUGGGCUUCUUAUUCGUUUACAAUGCAUAAUCUACUGACAUACAUUUGAAGUUUUCUUUCAACCUAGUUUCAAACUUCGAUUGAAUAGAUUCAUAUUGAAUAUUUUUUUCUGAAUUCAAAUAGAGUGCUAAGAAUUAUCAGAGUCAUGUAUGAAUUAGUAAAUUUUGUUGGGGCCAGAAUUUGGUUCAGAAAUGGUGUUUUAAAAUGUCGGUAAGUUGGAUUGCCUACAAAGUUCAUGUUCAAUAAAUAUAUAAAACUGACAA